GGCCGGUGGCGGCGGGGGGGUAUAAGAAGGGUACGGAAAGCCUCCUAGCAUCACAGCACGCCGACUCCCCAACUAAGCAACCAUGGGCAAGAUCAUCUUCUACGAGGGCCGCAACUUCCAGGGCCGCCACUGGGAGUGCAACAGCGAUUGCAUGGACACCUUCAAGCACUUCAACUGCUGCAACUCCAUCCGCGUCAGCGGCGGCCACUGGGUCGGGUACGAGAAGCCCAACUUCAUGGGCUACCAGUACAUCCUGAACCAGGGCGAGUACGCCGACUACCACAGCUGGAUGGGCUACAACAACUGCAUCCGCUCCUGCCAGAUGUAUCCCCCCUACAGGGGCUCCUACAGGAUGAGGGUGUACAACAGGCCUGAGAUGAUGGGCCCGAUGAUGGAGUUCAUGGAGGACUGCCCCAACGUGUACGACCGCUACCACCACCACGACAUCUUCUCCUGCCACAUCAUGGAGGGCUACUGGAUCUUCUACGAGCACCCCAACUACAGGGGCCGCCAGUACUUCAUGCGCCCCGGCGAGUACAGGGCCUGCAGCGACUGGGGCUGCCACAACCCCAUGAUCGGCUCCUUCAGGAGGAUGAGGAGCAGCGUGUAACUGUUUCACAAUAAAAGAUGAACCUUUUUUGUUUUCAAACUGAAAA